GUGAACCGUGGAGCGCGGGUCUGACACGGAUUACCUGGAUACUGGAAGUCUGGGUGGGCAUCAGAAAGGCAGCGCUUCUCUUCAUUUAUUUAUUAAGUUCUCUUCUUUUUAAUGGAAUCACUUCCCACAACAUCCACUAUGGCAAGCCGGCUUCUUUACACUCUGUAUUUAUUUCUGAUCCUGGAGUUUUGCUGCUGUAAAAUCGUAUUUGAGGAUUUUGGUGAAGCCGUGCGUCAAAGUGUAGAUGUCCCGCCGGCUGUGGAGCCGCGCGUCUUUGCGCACGAAAGCGCAAACCGGGACAUGGUCUCCAUCAACAUGUUCAAAGUGUACGAGAAGUACAGUAAAGAGCCGCAGAGCCAGAGGGAUGGAAACACCGUGAGGAGCUUUAAAGCUGUCCCGAGAGUCUUGCACGGCAAAGAUGUGUUCCAGUUCAACCUGUCCUCCAUCCAAGAAUCAGAACUCAUCCUCUCUGCCUCUUUUCAUUUCCUCCACAAGCGUCCCCGCCAGCAACAGCGACCGUGGCGUUUUCGAAGGCCUCGCCACUCUUCUGGUGUCCACCAGCAUCCUUAUCCUCCCUCCCCGCUGCUCCUCUUCCACAGCUCAUCCUCAAACUCUUUUCCAACACCUCUGGGGAACAUAACUCUUGCUCCUUUCAAGAAAGGUUCCUGGCAAACAAGGGAUAUAACAGCGGUGGUGAAACACACCAGGGAUGUCAAAGAGCUUGUGGUUACAGUUGAGUUUGAUAUGGGAUCCGGGGUGGCUCGGGGGCACAGCCAAGACCGCCUUUCCCCAGCCAACCUGCCGUACAUCUUGGUCUACGCUGAUGAUCGAGCCAUAGAUGAGCCAAACAGCGUGGCAAUGUCACUCCAGCGGUACGGGCCCUUCCCUGUAGCAGAGGACCCUUCAGCUUCAGCCUCAAGGAUCCGGAGGGAGCUUCAUCUCCAGAUUCAAACCAACGACAUCCCAGAGGUCCAGUACAACACCCUGAAGAACCAUGAACUGUGGCAGAACACGUAUUUUCCAGCAAAGGCCAAAGCAGUAGUGAAACCGGGAAGGAAGCAGGGUCAGGAGAGCAGUGAGGGCUUAGGGAAGCCUCAGGUACUGAGCUUCGAUGAGAGGACGAUGAAAAAGGCGCGGAGGAGACAGUGGAGCGAGCCCAGGGUUUGUUCCAGACGCUACCUCAAGGUUGACUUCGCUGAUAUCGGUUGGAGUGAGUGGGUUCUGGCGCCUAAGUCUUUUGAUGCAUACUACUGCGCCGGGGCCUGUGGAUUCCCCAUCCCUAAAGUGGUGCAUCCGUCCAAUCAUGCCACCAUCCAGAGCAUCGUCAGAGCGGUGGGAAUUGUGCCCGGUGUCCCCGAGCCAUGCUGCGUCCCAGAGAAGAUGAGUCCCCUCAGCGUUCUUUUCCUGGAUACAAACAGGAAUAUGGUGCUGAAGGUUUACCCCGGCAUGUCUGUGGAUACAUGUGCAUGUCGGUAGGGCCGGAGCAGCUGGACAUGCGAUCAAUGAAGAUCAUGAGGGGACAUAGAUGUAGACCAAGAAUUUCCACUUGGAGGAGGACAGCAGUGAUGAGGACGGCUGAGGAUAUGACAGGCAGGCUCUUGAGUCUUGAGUCUCAGUUUGAGAACUCUUUUUCUAAAUGUCAUGGUCAGACGUUCACGCAAUUUUUUCCUCGAAUCUAACAAUUUCCAUAGAUAAGUCUUAAUUAUUUUUCUCUUCGAAAGCAGUUUUAAGAAGUGCACUUAAUAAAAGCCUGUGUGUGUAAUGUAUUGACCUGAUGGAUGCUGCAGUCAAGACAAAACUCCUGCAGGUAGAUAUUCAUCUCUGUUGAUCCUUCUGAAACCUUUAUAGUACUUUUUCACUUUUAUAAAGUGAUCUUGCCUGUUUUGAUAUUAGACAAGUGUUGAUUUUCUCUGGACUUGUUUUGGAAUCUUUUCAAACUUGACAAAGUCUCCAAAACCUUCUGACAUCAGUGUCUUCUGCUGCCUGGCGAUCCUUGGGAUUCAAUGAACUGCACACAGACUCUGGAGUGUCUGAGGGACACAGCAUGGCAGAACAUUUACCUCCUACCAAAUUAAUCAACCCUUGUCAUGUAAAUACUGUAGUAACUAAUGCAAACUACUUAUUCUUAAGUGAUGUGUCUCACAGAGUGACACAUUGUUGCCACUGAACACCUCCCAUAUAUUAGCAAGCAGUGUUUAUCAUGCAUGAGAGUUCAUAUCUUACUAUUUAAGUCAGCGUUUAACAAACCUCUCCUCGAAUGCCACUUGUGUUGCAUGUUUUGGAUCUCUGUUGCUUCAAACACAGCUGAAUCAAAUGACCAAUUCGUUAUGAACUCCCGAAGCUGCUUGAUAACGAGCUGAUCAUGUAAUUCAGCUGUGUUGCGGCAGGGAGACAUCUAAAACAUGCAGGAUAUGUGAUACUUGAGGAGAGGCUUGGGAAACACUAGUUUAAGCUAUACUUUAAUAGUUGUUUGUUUAUAUCUUGUAUAUAACAAGUGUAUUUUGACACCUACUGAGGAGCAUUGUGUAGAUUCUAUUAUGUUACAGCACAGAGGAAAAACAGUGCGUUGCUGCCACCUGCUGUGCAUUUUGGGGAAGUUGAGAGGACUAAAACGGUUCUGUUAAUCAAAGAUACAAUAUGUACAGUGUGUAAUAGCAGUAGAUUUCCAUGGUACGUGAACGGGAUAAAUGUAUCCAACCUUAUAACUGUAUGGAUAAAAGUGUAUUUGAAUAGUCAUGUAAAAUGUGCUUUAACAAGUCAUAAACAUAAUGUACGCCCGGUAAGGAAAUAAACUGAAUUGUACAUACA